ACAACCAGUACAACUGCUAAAUUUCAGAACGACUAAAGAAAACUUGUCUUAUUUUGCUUAUGUGGGUGGAUAAAACUGCUGCUUCAAGGAAAAGAAGACGCCAUGAUGGCUCAUUUCUCUAUUUUGUGCGGUAGACGUACACAUUGUUACUCUCUAUGUAUCAUACAUACGAGCGGUUCGCUUAGAAAUUUUGUUGGCUGACGUUGGUUACGAGUUGACAGGAAAUUCUUUCGUUCGCGAAAGAAAUCAUGAACACUUCGCGUUUAGAGUUUUCCUCUCUAUUCGAGAUGCUGGCAGCGAGUGGCCUUUGUCCUAUGCCGUCGGAAAUCGACGUUCUCAACGAUUCGGCACCAUGCGACAAGGGCCUCCUAGUUGUCCUGCAGCAGCUUGAAGCACUAGUGACUGGAGAUGUGACUCCAACCAUGCCAGAGUUUGAACCAUCAUCAAACUUCGUUGCAAUGCUGGCGAUCGGCUGGCUUGUGGCACGAGAAAAUGCCUUGUUGAUUCUGCUGCAAAGGAUCAUUUCUCCUGUAGGGACUGGUGUAGCCAAGAAGCAAGACGGUCAGCAGCAGCAGCAGCCUGUCCCUGCGGGGCUAGAGUCCUGUCGGCUGGCGUGGUCACAACUGUGCCUGAGCUUCAAGAGUCUUGCGACUGUUAUGCAGCAGCAUGCGUCCCUGCUGCACCGGACACAACAGUGGCUUCCCAGAGACAACGAGCAGCAGCGUGCACUGAAGGCUUACAUUCGUUGGCAGAAGGAAGAACAGACUCUGCUGUGGCAAGCACUGCUGGCACGCCACCCCCGCGGUUCCGCGGAGCUGCGGCAGUACAAGACUCUGCUGCAACACCGCCGCGACGACGGAAGGACGGUCGCGGAUCAGCUAACAAGCCUCGCCGAGCGUUGCCCGGGCUUCUGGCCCUGACCGGGCACGAGGAAGCCUUUUCAUCCCGAAGACAAGACAGUGAGACACUCCAUUUCAGCAGCUUUGCUGCAGAGAGUUGGAUGUUUUUUUUUUCCCUUUUUUUCUUUAUUCCAUUUUAUUAAGUGUCUCUAGCAGUGAUACAACAGUUUACAACAAUAAAAAAAAUAAUGGUUUGCAGCAGCUUAA